AUGCGCUUUAAUGACAACCGUUGGACCAGAGCCGUGAGCGACUGGGUUCCCCGCGAUAUUAACCGCACUACAGGAAGACCGCCGACCCGAUGGUCAGAUUUCUUCACGAAGUCCUUCAAAGAAAAAUAUGAUGCUCUUCGUGUCCCACGCGAAAGGAGGAACCACUGGGCUACUCUGGCACGCGAUCGGAACAAAUGGAAGAAUUACUGGCGCUCGCUCGACCAGUUCGGAGAUCAACGGGAGUCAAGGUGA